AUGCAGAUCUUGACAACAAAUAGUGAGCUACUACUUAAUUCAGUGUUCGCAUCUGAUGAUGAGGAACGCCUCAUGAUGGACCCCACCAGAAAUGCCAGCGACAUGCCAAUCAUCGUGAAGGUCGCAUUGCAGCUUGUCUUACUUAUAAACGUAGAUGAAAAGAAUCAAGUCAUGCAUACAAAUGUGUGGUUAACGUUGAAGUGGCACGACUUCCAAAUGCGAUGGAAUCCUGUGAAUUAUGGUGAGAUUAAAGAGAUAAGAGUUACACCGGAUAAGGUCUGGUUACCUGAUAUCGUCCUUUUCAACAACGCCGAUGGUAACUACGAGGUAUCGUUCAUGUGUAAUGUUGUCAUAAACUGUGAUGGUGACAUGCUAUGGGUACCUCCAGCAAUUUACAAAAGCUCAUGUAUCAUCGACGUGGAGUACUUCCCAUUUGAUGAGCAGGUGUGCACGUUAGUAUUUGGAUCCUGGACGUACAACGAGAACGAGAUUAAACUUGAGUUCGAACAAGCUGAGUGGGUGGAUCUGUCUGAAUAUGCGCCUUCUUCCAUUUGGGAUGUCAUGGACGCUCCUGCGUCGUUGGUGAACAAGCGGAGUCGAAUAGAAGUUCCAAGUUAG